AUAACACACGAAUUAGCGCCUUUUUAUUGGUGUCAACGUCUUGACACUUUGAGUUUAAAAAAAACUUGUUUCCCACCCGUCGCCCAGUGGUCGCGUUGUUCGCGUCUGCAAUGCUAGCAUUGUUAGCAUUAACACGCUCGCUCUUUUCUCGACAAAAACGACUUGAGAGUGAGUGAGUGCACAAUCGUUAGGAGUCGUUUACAUGUUUCCAAAUAUAAAGUCUUCAAGCUAUAUAUGAACUCAUCAUUCUUGGACAACCCCAGCUCCUUUUCCGAUUGAACGGUGGGCAUUUCUGACUUCCGCAGAGUAGGAAGUGCCUGUUUUAAAAGUUCAGGUGUGAAGUAAACUUGGCCAAAAAUCUUUGGAGUAAUGCCUAGGGCUAAAAGUAUCUCCAGCAUACUUUCGUUAGUAUUUUUUUAGCGCAACCCACCCAGCUUCAUAGUUAGACCCGUAGCAACGCACUUUAUAACGAAAAUAAAUUUGUUCGACAAGUGAUGUCAUUUACAGAAUGCCGAGUCGCUCCUCAGCCAUCAUAAUGCAUUGUUGAUUGCCCUGUUAACUAAUCUUUGCCAUUGUUAUCAAGUUAUUCGCCUCGGACCUGUGUGGUGAUGAUGCACUGUUCACAGUCGGGCAAACAGCUGUUUGACUGGCCAAAAGAAAAGAAUAGGGCAGUCAAGUUGGUGGCGGCACUGAAAAAGAAGGAACACAAUACCUCCCUUGCCUGAUGCUCCUGACACUUCAGUGAUGGAACCUCUGAGGAGCAGGAACAUCAUCUCUUAAGCCCUUCGUGUUUGCGUUGACUUUUUCCAUGGUCGUCUUUCGUCGGCUGUCAGAACCUGGAAAGUUCGGACUUGGAUUGCCAAAGUGAAACUGGAAGUCAGCAGGAUGCCGGACACAGUAAGUAAGUAAAGAGGAGGAACCCAAAGAUCAGUGCCGCUCAUAGAGUGAGUGCUGUAGCGGCAGAAGUCGUGUCAGAAGUGCGACAGUGAGAAGUCAAGAAUGGCAGGAAAAGACUACAAUCACCUUUUCAAGCUGCUCAUCAUCGGCGAUUCCAAUGUUGGGAAAAGCAGCCUGCUGCUACGCUUUGCCGACAAUUCCUUCUCUGGAAGUUACAUCACCACCAUCGGCGUGGACUUCAAGAUCAGGACGGUGGAUGUGGAAGGGGAGCGUGUCAAGCUACAAAUUUGGGACACGGCCGGACAGGAGCGAUUCAGGACCAUCACCUCCACGUAUUACAGGAACACGCACGGCGUCAUCAUAGUGUACGACGUGACCAAUCCCGAGUCGUUUGUCAACGUCAAGCGCUGGCUCAACGAAAUCUCUCAAAACUGCGACAGUGUCUGCAAGGUGCUGGUAGGGAACAAGAACGACGACCCAUCCAGAAAGCAGGUGGACACCCAGGACGCGCUGCGCUUCGGGGAGUCGGUGGGGGUGCGCGUGUUUGAGACCAGUGCCAAAGAGAACAUCAACGUGGAAGAGAUGUUCAUGGCCUUCACUCACAUGGUCCUGCGGGCCAAGAAGCAAAGUCAGAGCCGGGCCGAGCGGGAACGUGAGCGCGAGAGGGACACGGUCAACAUCAACGCGCAUCGGGAGCGGGACCGCCGGAAGAGAGCCAAGAAAUGCUGCUGAGAGUAAAAGCACAAGUUUGUUGUUGUAUUGUUCUUUUUUUUGCUCAUCAUCUCACGUCCGCACUGACAACUUCAUUGGUGACUACUGUACUAGCGACAUAUGACCACAUGUGAAUACUGGAGUAGCAUUAAUACACACUAGUGCUGGGGCCACACUCACAAAAUAUACAGCUACUGCACUAUGAUUUUGAAUUUGUUUUUUUAAAGAAUGAAUUUGUAGAUUUUUUUUAAGUCAAAAUACUGCAAGAAGAAGUCAUUUGCGAUUUAUUGUGGACUAGGGUCAUAAUAUUAGUACAAAGUCUGCAAUGAAGUGUUUUUGUCUUAAACAUUCGUGCAUCAUACAUCAUAUUCGGAGGAAAGCCAGACAAGCAGAAGUCGUGCGUGCGUGAAUUUUCUCCCGGUGCGCCGAUAAACUCCACACGAGAAGGCAAGAGCCCACAUUCAAACCCUCAACCUCACCACUGUGGGACGUUCAUGUCUAACCACUUGUACAUUGUAUUAAAUAUGCAAAUGUUAAAAAAAAAACUUUAGACUCAUCCAUUAUGCCUAAUAUGAUAUAAAAAAGUAGCACUUUAGAAUCUUUUUUUCUUGUUGAAAUUAUUUAACAAUUCUUGAUAAUGCAGAACUCAGAAAAAAAUCCACAUCAUCAGGUAAUGCCCAAUUUUUACAAAUAUACAAAAAGCAUGACUUAAAUCUUGAA